AUGACAACGGUGUUGGAGCCAAACGGCAUCGUUUUAGACUUACUCUUCGACCUCGACGAAGCUCUCGCCAUGCCUAUUGUUCAUCGCCCGUCGACGGAGUCAAACGCCAUCGUUUUGGUCACCGAUCAGGUCGUGGAGUCCACGUUGGAGAAGAUGCCAACGGUUUACCCGGACCGGUACGCUUGCUUGGUUUGCAUGGAAUACGUUGAUCCGGGAAUUGGCGGGAAACGGACCCAGUGUGGCCACGUGUACCAUUCCUCUUGUAUUGCCACUUGGCUCUCUUGCAGCGGGAGAUCAUGUCCCUUGUGUCGGCAAGAGAUCCUCCUGUCAAAGUAA